AUGGGCGAUGACGAACUUGAAGGCUCCGAGAGCAACCUCGAAGACGAUGCGGGUCAAGUCUCCGUCGAUGAUUCUGGCAGCAAUGUCAAGUUCACGGCGGAGGAAUCGGCCGACACGAUGGAGAGCGAGCGUGAUUCGGAUCUGACCCGCCACACUGAAGCCGCCAGGGAGCCAGGAAGAGGAUACCCAGCCAAGGGCUUAUAUCCCGUCAAGAAAAAGUCGGGCAUAGUGGCGACCACGCAGUAG